AUGUCAAACAAUAAAGAAAGUUUAGAAAGAAUUAUUAAAGGUAUUCAAAAUAAUCAAAUCUUAAAAGUAUUUGAAGAAUUUUAUCAUGACGAAAUUGUUAUGUAUGAAAAUGGAGAUUCAAGCAAUCGUGUUGGUAAAGCUGCAAAUCGUAAAGCUGAAGAAUCCUUUGUUAAUAAUGCAACAAUCAAUGAAGCAAGGGUAUUAAAAACCAUAGUCGAUGGUGAUAACACUGCCUAUGAAAUGUACAUGGACUUCACAUAUGGUGGUCAUCCGGUCAAGAAGACACAAUGGGCUUUCCAACAAUGGUCAAAUGGUAAAAUUAUCAAAGAAGAGUUUGUAGAUGUUAAAAAACCACCAACACCUGAACCAUCAAAAAAUGUUGAAUCAAAUCUUCAAGCAAUUAUCAAAGGUAUUCAACAAGGUAAAAUCUUGGAAGUCUUUGAAAAGUAUUAUCAUAAUGAUGUUAUCAUGUAUGAAAAAGGUGAUUCAAGCAAUCGUGUUGGUAAAGCUGCAAAUCGUAAAGCUGAAGAGUCCUUUGUUAAUAAUGCAACAAUCAAUGAAGCAAAACUAUUAAAAGUAUUAGUCGAUGGUGAUAACACUGCAUAUGAAAUGUAUAUGGACUUCACAUAUGGUGGUCAUCCGGUCAAGAAGACUCAAUGGGCUGUUCAACAAUGGUCAAAUGAUUUGGUUAUUAAAGAAGAAUUUUAUUGA